GUCCCCGCCCCCUCUCGGCCGCGCCCUGGGGGCGGGGCUUGCUGGGGGCGGGUCCUGCGACACCGCCCGGGAAGCAGCGCGAGCUGGGCGGCCCCCGCCACAUCCUCCUCCUCCUCCUCCUCCGGGUCCGAGCCAGCGGAGCGGAGCCAGGGCCGAUCCGAGGGCUCCGAGGGCGCGGGCGGAGCAGGGCACGCAGCCAUGGCGCACCAGACGGGCAUCCACGCCACCGAGCAGCUGAGGGAAUUCUUCGCCAAGGCGCGGGCCGGCUCCGUCCGGCUCAUCAAAGUCGUCAUUGAGGAUGAGCAGCUCACGCUGGGUGCGUCGCGGGAGCCGGUGGGCAGCUGGGAGCAGGACUACGACCGGGCCGUGCUGCCGCUCCUGGACGCCCAGCAGCCCUGCUACCUGCUCUACCGCCUGGACUCCAAGAACGCCCAGGGCUUCGAGUGGCUCUUCCUCGCCUGGUCGCCUGACAACUCCCCGGUGCGGCUGAAGAUGCUCUACGCGGCCACGCGGGCCACGGUGAAGAAGGAGUUCGGGGGCGGCCACGUCAAGGACGAGCUCUUCGGGACGGCGAAGGACGACCUCUCCUUGGCCGGGUACCAGAAGCACCUGUCGUCCUGUGCGGCGCCCGCCCCGCUGACCUCGGCCGAGAGGGAGCUGCAGCAGAUCCGCAUCAACGAGGUGAAGACAGAGAUCAGCGUGGAGAGCAAGCACCAGACCCUGCAGGGCCUCGCCUUCCCCCUGCAGCCGGAGGCCCAGCGGGCGCUGCAGCAGCUCCGGCAGAAGACGAUCAACUACAUCCAGCUGAAGCUGGACUUGGAGCGGGAGACAAUCGAGCUGGUGCACACGGAGCCCACAGAUGUGGCCCAGCUGCCCUCGCGGGUGCCCCGAGAGGCCGCCCGCUACCACUUCUUCCUCUACAGGCACACCCAUGAGGGCGACCCCCUCGAGUCUGUGGUGUUCAUCUACUCGAUGCCGGGCUACAAGUGCAGCAUCCGGGAGCGCAUGCUCUACUCCAGCUGCAAGAGCCGCCUCCUGGACUCCGUGGAGCAGGACUUCCGGCUGGAGAUAGCCAAGAAGGGCCCCUGCCAUGGCGCCCCGCUGCCCUUGUCUCUCCUGGUUCAGGCCCAGGUGCUGGCCCUGGCCCUGGCCCAGGGCGCCCUGCCCGCCUUCCUGCCCUGUGAGUUUCAGGCCCCUGACUACAUCAACUGCGAGUGGCUCUUCCUGACGUCCGUGCCCCACUUCACGGCGUCCUCGCCCCGUGGGAACGUCACGAAGCUCUCCCUGAGCUGCAACCGCAUCCGCCACCUCCACAACUCCGACUUCGCCCACCUGCCCGGCCUGCGGAGGCUCAACCUCAAGUGGAACUGCCCGCCCAGCAGCCUCAGCAUCAUGCACUGGGCCUGCCACAUGACCAUCGAGCCCCACACCUUCCUGGCCGUGCCCACCCUGGAGGAGCUGAACCUGAGCUACAACAACAUCACCACCGUGCCCGCCCUGCCCCCCGCCCUCCGGACCCUGUCCCUGAGCCGCACCAACAUCCUGGCCAUUGACGCCGCCAGCUUCAGGGGCCUGCACGCCCUGACACACCUGUACAUGGACGGCAACUGCUACUACCAGAACCCCUGCGGCCGGGCCGUGCGGGUGGCCCCCGGCGCCCUCCUCGGCCUGCACAACCUCACCCACCUGUCGCUCAAGUACAACAACCUCACGGCAGUGCCCCGCGGCCUGCCCCCCGGCCUGCACACCCUGCUGCUGUCCUACAACCGCAUCGUCUCCCUGGGGCCUGCGGACCUGGCCAACUUCACCGCCCUGCGCGUGCUGGACGUGGGCGGAAACUGCCGCCGGUGCGACCACGCCCGCAACCCCUGCGUGGAGUGCCCCCCGGGCUUCCCCAAGCUGCACCCCGACACCUUCAGCAACCUGAGCCACCUGGAAGGCCUGGUGCUGAGCGACAGCUCUCUCUCCAGCCUGGACACCCGCUGGUUCCGGGGCCUGGGCAACCUCUCCGUGCUGGACCUGAGCGAGAACUUCCUGUACGACUGCAUCCAGAACACCACGGCCUUCCAGGGCCUAAGGAAGCUGCGCAAACUCAACCUGUCCUUCAACUACCACAAGGGGGUGUCCUACGCCCACAUGACCCUGGCGCCCUCCUUCGGGCGGCUGCGCGCCCUGGAGGUGCUGGACAUGACCGGCAUCUUCUUCCGCGAGCUCAGCGAGCGCACGCUCUGGCCGCUGGCCCGCCUGCCCGUGCUGCAGACCCUCAAGCUCCAGAUGAACUUCAUCAACCGGGCCCAGCUCAGCAUCUUCCAGGCCUACCCCAGCCUGUGCCAGGUGGAUCUGUCCAACAACCGCAUCAGCGGGCCUCUGGGGCUGAACGCCCCCACGUGGGAGGCGGAUGCUGGGGCGGCGAACCGGCGGCCCUCGGGGCACCUCGCGCCGGAUCCCAGGGACACCCCCAGCUCGGAGAACUUCAUGCCGAACUGCAAGAACCUCAGCUUCACCUUGGACCUGUCGCGGAACAACCUGGUGACGAUCGAGCCGGAGAUGUUCGCCGGGCUGUCGCGCCUCCAGUGCCUACGUCUGAGCUACAACAGCAUCUCGCAGGUCAACGGCUCCCAGUUCGUGCUGCUGACCAGCCUGCAGGUGCUGGACCUGUCCUACAACAAGCUGGACCUGUACCACGGCCGCUCGUUCACGGAGCUGCCCUGCCUGCGGGCCCUGGACCUCAGCUACAACAGCCAGGCCUUCAGCAUGCAGGGCAUGGGCCACAACUUCAGCUUCGUGGCCCAGCUGCCCGGCCUGCGCUACCUCAGCCUGGCGCACAACGCCAUCCACAGCCGGGUGUCCCCGGAGCUGCGCAGCGCCUCGCUCAGGGCCCUGGACUUCAGCGGCAACGCCCUGAACCGCAUGUGGAACGAGGGAGACCUCUACCUCCGCUUCUUCCAGGGCCUGAGCCAGCUGGCCAGCCUGGACCUGUCCCGGAACCACCUGCACGCCGUCCUGCCUCACAACCUGGGCUACCUCCCCCGGAGCCUGCAGCGGCUGCGGCUCCAGGACAACUACUUGGCCUUCUUCAACUGGAGCAGCCUGACCCUCCUGCCCCAGCUGGAGAGCCUGGACCUGGCGGGGAACCAGCUGAAGGCCCUGACCAACGGCAGCCUCCCCGCGGACAGCAGGCUCCGGAGGCUGGACGUCAGCCGCAACCGCAUCAACUUCGUGGCCCUCGGCUUCUUCGCUCCGGCCACGCAGCUGCAAGAGCUCAACCUCAGCCACAACGCCCUCCGGACGCUGGACCCCUCGUGGUUCGGCGCCCGGGUGGCGGCCGCCCUGACGGUCCUGGAUGUGAGCGCCAACCCCCUGCACUGCGCCUGCGGGGCGGCCUUUGUGGAAUUCCUGCUGCAGGUGCAGGCGGCCGUGCCCGGGCUGGCCAGCCAGGUCAAGUGCGGCAGCCCGGGCCAGCUGCAGGGCCGCAGCAUCUUCGCCCAGGACCUGCGCCUCUGCCUGGACGAGGCCCUGUCCUGGGACUGCUUCGGCCUCUCGCUGCUGGCGGUGGCGCUGGGCGUGGCCGUGCCGCUGCUGCAGCACCUGUGCGGCUGGGACCUCUGGUACUGCUUCCACCUGGGCUUGGCCUGGCUGCCCCGGCGCGGGCACCGGCGGGGCGCGGAUGCCCUGUCCUACGACGCCUUCGUGGUCUUCGACAAGACGCACGCCGCCGUGGCCGACUGGGUGUACAACGAGCUGCGGGUGCGGCUGGAGGAGCGCCGCGGGCGCCGGGCGCUGCGCCUGUGCCUGGAGGAGCGGGACUGGCUGCCCGGCAAGACGCUCUUCGAGAACCUGUGGGCCUCGGUCUACAGCAGCCGCAAGACGCUGUUCGUGCUGGCCCACACGGACCGCGUCAGCGGCCUCCUGCGCGCCAGCUUCCUGCUGGCCCAGCAGCGCCUGCUGGAGGACCGCAAGGACGUGGUGGUGCUGGCCAUCCUGAGCCCCGACGCCCACCGCUCCCGCUACGUGCGGCUCCGCCAGCGCCUCUGCCGCCGGAGCGUCCUCCUCUGGCCCCAACAGCCCAGCGGCCAGAGCAGCUUCUGGGCCCAGCUGGGCGUGGCCCUGACCAGGGACAACCACCACUUCUACAACCGAAACUUCUGCCGGGGCCCCACCACGGCCGAGUAAGGGGGGGGGGGGCAGUGGGGGGGCAGCCGGCACACCCAGCCCCGCCUCCGCCGUGCCCUCUGCCUGGGAUGCCCCAGCCUGUCUCGCUCUGCAGAGGGGCCGAGGCCCCUGGCAUACAGCAGGCACUCAAUAAAUGCUCCUGGCAGGCCCACGGCUACUGGGAGGGAAGCUGCCGAG